CCGGGGAGCCUUCCACUCCCAUCACAAUUCACAGCAACACACCUGCACACAAGGUCGAUCACCUAGCAGUGAGCUCACGACUCACAAGUUUCCUGGCGCAAUCUAGCGAGUCCUUUUCAGCAAUGGUUUCUCGAGUGCUGGUAGUGGCGGUGGUACUGAUGAGCCUGGCGCAGCUCUCCGCGGGGAGCAGGAGGCUGAUGGAGCUGUACAUCCCCACGGCGAGCGACCAGCUCACGUACCACCACGGCACCGUGCUCAGCGGCGACAUCCCGGUGUCCGUCCUCUGGUACGGCAAGUUCACGCCGUCGCAGAAGUCCAUCGUCUCCGACUUCCUCCUUUCGCUCACCACCGCGCCGGGCGCGGCCACGCCGUCGGCCGGGCAGUGGUGGGGCACCAUCGACCAGCUGUACCUGUCGGGCGCCGCCACGAACGGCGCGGCGCCGGCGCGCGCGCUCCUCGACGCGCAGGCGUACGACGAGGCGUGCUCGCUGGGGAGGUCGCUCACGCUGGCCCAGGUCGAGCAGCUCGCGGCGCGCGCCGGCGGGAAGAGGGGCGGCAUCGCGCUGGUCCUCACCGACGAGGACGUGGCCGUGGAGGGGUUCUGCAGCAGCCGGUGCGGCAAGCACGGGUCCGGCGCCCAGGGCGAGUCCGCCUACAUCUGGGUGGGCAACUCCGCGAAGCAGUGCCCCGGGCAGUGCGCGUGGCCGUUCGCGCAGCCGCAGUACGGGCCGCAGGGGAAGCCCCUGGUGGCGCCCAACGGCGACGUCGGGAUGGACGGCCUGGUGAUGGUCCUCGCCACGAUGGUGGGCGGCACCGUGACUAACCCCUACGGCGACGCGUUCUACCAGGGCCCCAAGGAGGCGCCGCUGGAGGCGUGCACCGCGUGCCCGGGCGUCUACGGCAGCGGCGCCUACCCUGGCUUCCCCGGGAACCUGCUCGUCGACCAGAUCACCGGGGCCAGCUACAACGCCAACGGCGCCAACGGGAGGAAGUACCUGCUCCCGGCCUUGUACAACCCGGAGACGUCCACCUGCAGCACCCUGGUGUAGUCGAGUCGUGUCGAGUCCGUAGUGAUGUACUAGUCUGUACCAGACGCGGACACCACCCCUGUUUUCUGUACGCCUGACCAAAGCUGUACAUAUACGAGUUUGGACUUGGGAAGAAAUGAAAUUACUUUGUUCGUUUAAA